CCCGCAGUGGCAUGUGCUACAGCUGUAGAUUGUCUUCACGUGAGAAUAUGGGUUAUUUUUAAGUGCGGAAAAGGGAGUGAAUGGUACAUUACAAGUGACUCAGAAUCUUGCCAAUGAAAAGACUAGUGAACAACUGUUUAUACGACUUCCCUGAGUAAAAAGCUUGACUUCAUCAAGGCAGUUAUGCAUUUAAAAAGGUCAUAAAAACAUUUGCUGAAAUGAAGAAUGGCUAGCAUUUUAUAUGUUGAAUAGGUGUCUUAGCAUCAGGUUUAAAGGAGGUCUGAUAAAUGUUUGGAUAUUGUUGCAGCCUUCGGUAGAAGUCAAACCUUUCCUGAUAAAGGUGAUCCUAGUCCUCACACCCGACAUUCUAAAUCCUGACCAGUUUGCAACAUUAAUAUGUUUGGUUUCCUUUUCUUCUUCAUUCUGCAAGUUGUAAAGAACUUGAAUUAUAUUCUGAUUAACAAGAGGACUGUGCCCAUAUGUUUGACUGAUAGUUUUCAAUAGUCUCCCUGAUAUUUUUAGAGUAUUUAGAACAUUAAGUGUGACUUGUUUGGCAAUGUAAGUUCUACAAGUGUACAAGAGGCAUUAAGUUUUUCUUUUAUUUUUUGAAUGUUGUUGAUUAGGAUGAUCACAGAGAUGCCUUUUAUGUCAUUAGAUGGAGAGCGCGCGUGUGUGUGUGUGUGUGUGUGUGUAUGUGUGUGUACAAUUUCUGUAAAAUCUGUUUGUCCAUGUCUUUGCUCCAUCCCUUUUCCCACCUCUCACUUGGUAGUUGAGUAUGAACUGAAAGCAAGAUAUAACUUGCUGGUAGCAGUGAUUAGCAGUUAAGAUCUAUUCACAUUCAAGUUAGUUAGUUGUUCAAAACCCAGGAGUCAAAAGACAUGCUUUUUCAUCUCUGGUUCUGUGGCUUUGUCAACUUGACUUUGACUGAAUCUGUUUCCUCAUCAGUAAAAUUGGAGUGCAUUUGAUAGUUGCCCCUCUCUGUACUUCACAGGAUUGUUACGAAGGCUAAAUAAAACAGGGUUAGGAAAAUGCGCGCUAAACUUAAAAGUACUAUUUUGCUACCUACCAUAUGAUCACAUCACCUGUACUGCUGAGAUACCCAAAACUUAGUGAAGUCAAAGAUAACAGUAUGUGCACCUUAACUUCCUUACCACUAGAAGUGAGAAGUGAUGGUCUUACUAAUGAUACUAAGUUCUACCUGCAUGUAAAUCACCUUGAUAAGAAAAGCAGCAUAGAAAUCUGGUAGAGAAAACUUUAACAAAGCAUUUCUUUACCUGAUAGUCUGUGCCUGUUCACUGCUGUAUUGGAAAGAACACUAAUCCGAAAUGGAAGAGAUAGUUCUGAUUCUGAUGUGAAUCUGUCACCUGAAUAUACAUUGGAUACUUUUUUACUAUCAGUGAAAACUUCCAUCAUUCAUUUUCUUCGCUCUAAUACCAAGAACUAUAUCAAAUUGAAAAGAUAUGAAUGAAUAUCCUAAAAAAAGAAAAAGGAAGACGUUACACCCCUCUCGUUACUCAGAUUCCUCGGGAAUAAGCAGAAUUGCAGAUGGAUUCAAUGGAAUUUUUUCUGAUCACUGUUACAGUGUCUGUUCUAUGAGACAACCAGACUUAAAAUACUUUGACAACAAAGAUGAUGAUUCUGAUACAGACACAUCAAAUGACCUGCCAAAAUUUACAGAUGGGAUCAAGGCGAGAAACAGAAAUCAGAACUACCUGGUUCCCAGUCCUGUACUUAGAAUUCUAGACCAUACUGCCUUUCCUGCAGAAAAAUCUGCUGAUAUUGAAAUUUGUGAUGAAGAGUGUGACUCACCUGAAUCAGUCAACCAACAAACUCGAGAGGAGAGUCCUAUAGAAGUUCACGCUGCUGAAGAUGUUCCAAUUGCUGCAGAAGUGCAUGCAAUUUCUGAAGAUUAUGAUAUAGAGACAGAAAACAAUUCAUCUGAGAGUCUCCCAGACCAAACUGAUGAAGAGCCACCUGCUAAACUCUGCAAAAUUCUUGACAAGAGCCAAGCUUUGAAUGUGACUGCUCAGCAGAAAUGGCCUUUACUGAGAGCUAAUAGCAGUGGCCUCUAUAAAUGUGAGCUUUGUGAGUUCAACAGCAAGUAUUUUUCUGAUUUAAAGCAGCAUAUGAUCUUGAAACAUAAGCGUACUGAUUCAAAUGUGUGUCGAGUAUGCAAGGAAAGUUUCUCUACCAACAUGCGUCUGAUCGAACACGCCAAACUGCAUGAAGAAGAUCCCUACAUUUGCAAGUACUGUGAUUAUAAGACAGUAAUUUUUGAGAACCUCAGCCAGCACAUUGCAGACACACAUUUUAGUGAUCACCUCUAUUGGUGUGAGCAGUGUGAUGUACAGUUCUCCUCAAGUAGUGAACUCUACCUACAUUUUCAGGAGCACAGCUGUGAUGAACAGUACUUAUGUCAGUUCUGUGAACAUGAAACAAAUGAUCCUGAAGACUUGCAUAGCCAUGUCGUAAAUGAACAUGCGUGUAAAUUAAUAGAGUUAAGUGAUAAAUAUAACAAUGGAGAACAUGGACAGUACAGCCUUUUAAGCAAAAUUACCUUUGACAAAUGUAAAAACUUCUUUGUAUGUCAAGUAUGUGGUUUUCGGAGCAGACUUCAUACAAAUGUUAACAGGCAUGUUGCUAUUGAACAUACUAAAAUUUUUCCUCAUGUUUGUGAUGACUGUGGAAAAGGCUUUUCAAGUAUGCUAGAAUAUUGCAAACAUUUAAAUUCACAUUUAUCUGAAGGUAUUUAUUUGUGUCAAUACUGUGAAUAUUCAACAGGACAAAUUGAAGAUCUUAAAAUUCAUCUAGAUUUCAAACAUUCAGCUGACUUACCUCAUAAAUGUAGUGACUGCUUAAUGAGGUUUGGAAAUGAAAGGGAAUUAAUCGGUCACUUGCCAGUCCAUGAGACAGCUUGAUUGAUCUCUUUAUUUUAAUUUGCAUAAUGUUAAUGUAAAAUAAAAAACUGAACUUUUUUGGAGAUGUUAAAAUGGAUGAUUUUUAAACCCAACUUAUGAGAAUUGUAUAACUAAGAUUUUUUUAAAUGUGCUGUUUUCUUGGCACUGCUACAUUUUCAGCAUAUAGUUACAGACUAAGUGUGUAUUUUCA